ACAUAAAUAUAUUCUCCAUGAAAAUCUCACACUGCUGCAACUUUCCUAGAACACCAUAGUUCAUGAAACCCUAGCAUACCAAAGAGGUUUACUUCAAGCAGCAUCAUUUUCUUUUUCCUUGUUACUCUUCCUUGCAGUCUCUCUCUAUGCAAUAUGGCAUUAUUUUUUCUCUUCCUUUGAAAUCAAACAUAGCUGGAGUAGCUGGCCUGUCCUUGAGUACCUUGCCUUUUAAGGACACUAAUUUUCUACCCAUAUUUUUCUUUCUUUCUAGUUUCUACCCUUUUGAUUUGUCUAGUGCUUCUGUCUAUUCUCUAGCUCCUUAAGUUCCUCCUUCAUUAUUAGAGAGCAUGCCUGAAUGUCAGAAGAAAGGGACAGAUUGAUGAGAUAGAAGAGAAAUUCAAGAGGAAGGAGGUAAUUCAUCUCUAAAGGGAAGAAGACACAUGUUUGGCCCUCAAGCUGGAACUCUGAAUACCACUUCCCCUUGUGCUGCUUGUAAGCUCUUGAGAAGAAGGUGUGCCCAAGAAUGCCCCUUUUCUCCAUAUUUCUCUCCCCACGAGCCCCACAAGUUUGCUUCAGUCCACAAAGUCUUUGGUGCCAGCAACGUCUCCAAAAUGCUAAUGGUACCCGAGAGUCAAAGAGCUGAUGCUGCAAAUAGUCUAGUUUAUGAGGCUAAUGAAAGGCUAAGAGACCCAGUUUAUGGAAGCAUGGGUGCAAUUUCUUCUUUGCAACAGCAAGUUCAGUCUUUAAUAGCUGAACUUAAUGCUGUGAGGUCAGAAAUACUUAGGCACAAACUCAGGGAAGUUAACAUGAUACACUCCUCUCAUGUUUUGGUUCCUUCCUCAGAGGUUAUAUCAAUUGCUGCUCAGCCACCUCCAACACUACCAAUGCCUCCUCUUCCCACAGCUUCUUCUUCCAUUUAUACACAACAGUCGACUUCUUCCAAUUAUAGCACAAUUUCAAGUGAGAAUAUUUCCUAUUUUGGUUAAUAUUGGGCAUCCAGAGCCCAGAGGAAUAAAUUAAGUAAAGGAGAGUAUUAUGCUUUCCUUUUUUUUGAAUUGUGUUAAUUUACAUGCUUAAAUUUUUCCUAGUUAGAAGUCUAAUAUAAAAUAAAUCAUGUGUCUUUAUCUAAAUGCUCAAGUUUUUGAGACAGUUAGUCAGUCUCCGUAAUUAAGUGGUUUGGAAUUCAAUUCUUGUUGUUUUAAUUAUUCUAAUAAAAAGUUAAAUUUUACCAAAAAUAAGCGAGUGACUUAUCUUAAAUUUUUAAGAUAGUUCAUAUGGUUUGGUUGGUUAAAUGUUAGUUUUCUUCAACUCUUUUCUCAUGCUGAAAAUUCACUUAUUGGAAAUUGCUUCUUGAUCCUGCGAUGCACUGCAUGCCAUCCCUAUUCUCAAGUACAGAUGAAGUGGACAUGCAAUGCCAAUCAAAGAAGCAUGUUAAUUAUUAUAGAAGGUUGUUGGGAGGAGGAAUAUUCACUAUUGUUGUUGGUAAAUGGUAAUGGUAUAAAUUUGCACGUGCAAUCUCUAGUUGGUUACUAUGGUCACGAUAAUUUAAACAUGUUAAUCCGUGCCAAUGAGGCAUCUGAGUUUAUGUAUAAGAGCAUUUUCAAUGCUAGUUUUUAGAGUAUUUUUAAUGAGAGUAUCUCACACCAAAGAGACUCUCCUACUAGUGUCUCAUAUCAUUGGAGAUCAACGGUUCUUCCACCUUAUCUAAUUUUGGUGUGGUAUUGUAGAC